AUGGAUCCCGCUGUCGGUUCCGAAACCGUGGAGGUGGACAGCCCCGGUAGUCCCAGCCCCAACUCGGACCAGGACCAGGACCGGGACCAGGACGGGGGGCUCUGCCCGGUCCGCCAGCGCUCGGAGCCGCCCGGUCGCCCCAAGUCGGUGCGCCCCAGAGGCAGACCCGCCGCGGCCAACGCCGCCCGGGAGAGGAGCAGAGUGCAGACGCUGCGCAACGCCUUCCUGGAGCUGCAAAGGACGCUGCCCUCCGUGCCGCCCGACACCAAACUCUCCAAACUGGACGUCCUGAUCCUCGCCACCACCUACAUCGCGCACCUGACCCGGACCCUGGAGGAGAGCCUGGAGGAGGGGGGAGAGGAGGGAAGGAGACCCCCGGGGCUGCUGCACUCGCUCAAAGUGGACGGAUAUCUGCACCCGGUCAAAAAGUGGCCAAUGCGAUCUCGUCUGUAUGUUGGUGCAAAUGGACCGUUUCUGAAUUCGGGGCCAACAGACAGUCAGAACCCAGGAGAGACCUCCAAAGCUAAUGCUCCCUGAGCUGUCAGACAC